AUGGCGCACAUGAAGACCCAGAUGGAUCUGCUCACUAAGCACUUGCUAUCUGGAAAGACUGCAAAGGUGAAGGCUGUUGGUUCGCAAAGUAGAGAUGAAUCUGGUAAAAUAUCCAUAGAGGACAUGAUGAAGAAACUAUUAAAAGGGGUUGAAACAACCAAUGCUGGUGUGACAACGAUGAAGAGUGACUUGUUUUUCAUGAGUCAGCUACUUUUGGAUGGCGUUACCACUCGAAGUGGUAAAGUAUUACCGGGCCCUUCUGUGGGUAAAGCUGUAAUUGAUGAUGUGAUUAAAGAUGUUGAAGAUGAAGAAAAUAGUUUAGUGGAGUCUGAGAAGAUAUAUGAAAAAGAAAAGCGAAAAGAGAAGAAAACAGUUGUUACUACUCUCCCAAAACCACGGCCUCCCUUCACUCAUCGAUUAAAAAAGAAGGCUGAUGAUACAAAGUUUAGCAAAUUCAUGACGAUACUGAAGCAACUGACAGUGAAUGUACCUUUAGUGAAGGCAUUAGAGCAGAUGCCUAGAUACACUAAAUUUACGAAGGGCCUUGUGACAAAGAAGAGAAUAGUGAGCUAUGAACCGAUGGAUAAUCUUCACCAUUGUAGCACUAUUUCGACAAGAUCCUUGGUGAAGAAGAAAGUAAACCCUGGAGCAUUUACCAUCCCUUGUACUAUUGGGUUGCUUGAUUUUGCUAAGGCCUUAUGUUAUCUCGAAGCAAACCCUAGAGCAUUUACCAUCCCUUGUACUAUUGGGUUGCUUGAUUUUGCUAAGGCUUUAUGUUAUCUCAAAGCAAGUAUUAACCUGAUGCCACUUGUUGUUUAUAAGAAGUUGGGUUUGAGAGAUCGUACACCUACAAAUAUGCGAUUAGUGAUGGCAGAUAGUUCAAUGAAGCAUCUAGUGGGGAUAUUCUAUGAUGUGUUAGUAAAGGCGGACAGUUUUAUAUUUCUUCUAGAUUUUGUUAUUCUAGAUUGUGAGGUGGUUUUCAAGGUACCCAUAAUUUUGGGUACACCCUUACUCGCAAUCAAAAGUGUGAUUAUUGAUUUGUGGGCUAAUGAGCUCCUAUUUAGACUUAAUAAUGAGGUAGUUCAGUUUAAUAUGUGCAAGUCUAUGAAGCAACAUAAGGAGAUGAGUGUAUUCUCUAUCGUUGAUAUUUAUUAUGAAGAUGUGCAAGAGGUGCCGAUCAAGGAGAAAUUUAUUGUUGAAACUCUGGCUGCAGUCGUGGUGAACUUUUAUAGCGAAGGUAUUAAGGAAUACGAGAAGACAGUAUGUUCCAUGAUGGGAAUGGGAUCAUAUUCAUAUGCUUUCAAGAAACUAGAUCUGGAUCUCAAAAAUUACCCAACACCAUUGACUAGGCCAUCUAUUAAAGAGCCACCGAUUUUGGAGUUAAAGGAGUUGCCGGGUCAUCUACAGUAUGUGUUUCUAGGCAGUGGACACAUUUUACCUGUGAUCAUUGUAGCAGAUUUGGGUCAGCAGUAG